ACGGAAGGUAGCAAAUUCAUUCAUUCGCGGCAUUGAAACACCGUUGUCGAACGUGCAGCGUUGGUUUUAACAAACAUAGUUAUAUUUAUUAAGUUAUCAGUAUUUUCGUUUGUUAUUUUGAUUCAGUUUCGAAGUUAAAUAAAGACAUGAUUAAGGAUAACUGGAAUAUCCCACCUAACGCACCAGCGUGCAUGGAAAAACAUCUAGUGUCUGCUCACUACAGAGCUGAUGGAGCUCUGCUUUUAGGCGCCUCCAGUCUAACUGGUAGGUCCUGGAUGGGGUCCAUCUGGGUGUACACCGACCCAAAGCAGGCACCCAACGAGGGCUUCUGCAAGGCUGGUGUUCAGACCGACGCGGGGGUCACACAGGCUCUGUGGGUGUCAGAGAAAGGCAUCCUGGUAGCUUCAGAUUCAGGUGCUGUGGAAUUGUGGGAGCUGGCGGAGGACGAGCGUCUGCUGAUGAGCCGUUUCAGCAAGCAAGAGCACGAUCAUGUGGUCACAGGCAUCAGCACAACAGCAGCGCGCACCCACGCUGUCAGCAGCAGCAUGGACUGCAGCAUCAAAGUAUGGGACCUCAGCCAACAGACAGUCAUCAACACAUAUCAUGCGCACACCAUGCCGGUCAUCUGUGUGGCUUGCAGCCCCUCAGAGGAAGCCCUCCUCCUUUCCUGUGGUCAGGAUGGCCGGCUUCUAUUAUGGGACCGCAGAAAACCAAAACCAGCAACUCGGUUGGACAUAGUGUCUCCCAGCUGUUCGCCUACCACAGCGAUAUGGCACCCAUGCCAAGCCAACACAAUUGUCUAUGGUGACGAGCUGGGAAGGGUCACAGUGAGGGACCUGCAGACGUCAGACCAAACCCAGACUCUGAACACCCACAGACGCAGAGUGACUAGCCUGGCCUUCUCCUCCCACAGUUCCCCGCUGCUAGCCUCCACAAGUGAUGACUGCACGGUUGCCGUGGUGAACGCAGAGUUCAGAGAAAUUUUCAGAGACAGGAGGCACCAGGACUUUGUCCGUGGGUUAUGCUGGGCCACUGAUGGGUUGGACACCCUCACCACAGUGGGCUGGGACCACCAGGUUCUCCACCACAACAUCAGCCAGUCACCACCAACCUCUCAACCGUAGAGCUGUCCACGAGGGGGCAAGGGGGUGGCAGGUAGAAAAAACAUGGAAACGGCUCUCUUUCAGUAGACUAGUUCUCAUUCAGUGACUAGUUUGAGGUCCGCUGAGAUGGAAGUAUUAGCUGUAAAAAAUGGUAACUGGUUAACUAAAUUCAUCUCCCUACACACACACAACCCUACAAAGCCCCCACCUCUUGGUGAAAAUGAAUUUGGAAAACGAAUUGAAGUUUGUGUGAAGAAUGUUCUAGAUUUAAAGCUGUUCAUUGUCGUUCACUGCUGCCUUUACAAAUUCCUUACUUGUGUGCCUGGCCCAGAUGGAAGGCAUUCUCUAGUUUCCUUAUCCUCUCCACUUCAGAUUCAGUGAUUCUGUUUUUUUUUUAGGCACUUGCAUUGAAACAUCUUAAACUUUGUCCUUAUUUCAUCAGCAUCCCAAGUCCCGUCCUUCAGAAAUUAAAAUGGUUAGAUCUUUGUAAAUCAAUAUGUCAUUAUGAAUACUUUGUGUAACCCUUUAUCAAUCUGUUUAUAACUCUAUAAUGUUGGGUUUAAGUGUUACCAUAACAAUUAUUUAGUUAUUCACAGCUAAAUGUUACUUUUGUGACUCCGUGUAAGAGCUCUCCCUCACAUACUCAUGGAGGUUCCCCUUUUUGCACAAGGCUAUGCCAUCAUGUAGUAGGCUUGUGUAAAGGGAUUUGUGCGUUAUAAACUCAUGUUAUGUUUGAGGGAUGUCGAUUAUAUAGUUGUCAUGACCAGUAUCUAAAUCAUUGUUGACUAAUGUCAACUGUCCGGAUGUAUUUGUACUUCUGUACAAGAUCAUUCUCAUUCAUGUAGAUUAUUUUAUACUUUUCAAUGGGUUUUGUUUCAUACACAUCCAAUACUGUCUCUCACAACGGUUUUGUACAUUUAUAGGGUCUUUAAUAUUGAGUAUGUAUGUCUGUAGACGUGAGUGGUGGAGGAUGUCAAACUGAAAAAGCUGAACAUGAUCACAGUUGUUGAAAGCUCCUAUUCUCUAAGUGACACGGACAUGUAUGUAACAGUCUCAGUCUGACAAUGACUCUCAUUGUAAGUUCUAAACAGAAAUAAAUAUGAAAAGAAAGCGCCA